AUGUAUCACCUGUGGACCAAAGAGGAAGAAGAAUUUCUCUGCGAUUCUCUGGAUCGCGUCGUCGGAGAAUCCUUCCCAGGUGUCUCUCAGACGGCGACAGAAGUUCAGUCGGACUUCGUGAACAACUUCGAACAGGGAGCCUCUCAACCCACCCACACACAGAUCUUCAACAAGAUCCACGGUAUUGCUCGCAGCCUCGGGAUCAAGCCAGACGACCUUCUCCGAAAUUGGGCAGAUCAUGUUACAAAAGUGCGGACGAAACUCGAGGCUAGGAAGCGAGGACCCGCGCCUAAAAAGCGCAGGCGGAAGAUGGAAUCAGAGUUGUUUUCUGAUGAAGAUGCCUUCCAAAGCAACAACAGCCACAACAACAGCCAGAAAAACUCUGCUGCUCGUGAAAGUGAAGUCGCAGAAAGCUCUCCUGCCGGCUCACCCGAAGCGCCGACGACAAGCCCCCUUUCCGAAUGCAACCCCUCCCUCACUCAACACAAUGAGGCUGACACGGAUCUCCCACUCCGUCGCCAUUCCAUGGAUCUUGAUGAAUGGGAAUACAAGUUCCUUACCUAUCUUCGAGCCCACCGCGGUACCAUCGGCUACGCGACCCCUCUUGCUCACGAACACAUCCAGCAAAGGCUGCAAAAAACCAUGUACCUCAUGGAUGAGAGCUUUGUUCGUUUCAUGCAGGGAACCAGAACUAUAAUGCCGACUUCGUCAAGGCUGACGGGACAGUCGCUAGAACUGGUUCGUGUAUUGGUUGAUUCGACGAAAGACGAAGCAGCGAAGCGGCGCCUGAAGACUCUCGUCGCCGGACCUCACAUGUCCGACAGGGUCCUCUUUCGUGCUUGUGCGGCUGCGGCAAUUUACAAAUGGGCGCUGAACCCAUUCGACCAGAGCGUCCGACACGUCCCCUCGCCUGACUGUGAUCAAUGCAAGCUUUUCGAUAUUUGCGAUCAUUUCAACCACCACCUCGUUCGCAAUGUGAGUGUGAACCGAUUUAACCAGUACCUCGACAAAGUCAUCAGACCAUCACUGCCAGGACGUGCGUCGGAAAUCCAAGAAAAGCUUUACAACGUCUUCAUCAGUAUCUCCGUCCCCUCGGCGAGGGUGGGCAACUCGGAGAAUGAAGGGUUUGAGUUUCAAGACCGAAAACUGGGCCAGUGGCAAGAGUCCAUUGAGACUGCGCUUCUAGAGCUGCUGGAUAUGAGGACCACCAUGGCCAAGUGUAUGCUGGUCUACGGCUCCAGGCUCCCGUCAAUCGGACAUCCCUUCGAGGCGGAGUGGAUGGAACCGGCUCACCGAGAGGACAAUAGGUUCACGACAAGCGACCGGGUUUACCUGUGUCUCCGUCCUGCUGUGUUUGCUCACAACCGGCUGGACAACCCGAGACCAAAGAUCCUUGUCUCUCCUGCCCUUGUAAUGGUCGAAGGCUACGAGGCGGACUUGACGCAGACUUGA